AUGUGCGGCGGGCGGGGAGGCAUCUGGCUGGCUCUGGCCGCGGCGCUGCUGCACGUGUCCCUGCAAGGCGAGUUCCAGAGGAGGCUGUACAAGGAGCUGGUCAAGAACUACAACCCGCUGGAGAGGCCGGUGGCCAACGACUCGCAGCCGCUCACCGUGUACUUCUCCUUGAGCCUCCUGCAAAUCAUGGAUGUGGAUGAGAAGAAUCAAGUUUUAACCACCAACAUUUGGCUACAAAUGUCUUGGACAGAUCACUAUUUGCAGUGGAACAUGUCUGAGUACCCUGGAGUGAAGAACGUUCGUUUUCCAGAUGGCCAGAUUUGGAAACCAGACAUUCUCCUCUAUAACAGUGGGUAUCUGUUGGAUUUUGGCCAAGAUCUGCAGAACAUGCUUAUCAGAGAAGCAUGUGCACAGGCUGAAGAAGAUCUGAGACUUAGUGCUGAUGAACGCUUUGAUGCCACAUUCCACACCAAUGUCUUGGUGAAUGCUUCUGGGCAUUGCCAGUAUCUCCCUCCAGGCAUAUUCAAGAGUUCCUGCUACAUUGAUGUACGCUGGUUCCCUUUUGAUGUGCAGCAGUGCAAACUGAAGUUUGGGUCCUGGUCCUAUGGAGGGUGGUCCUUGGACCUGCAGAUGCAAGAGGCAGAUAUCAGCAGCUAUAUCCCCAAUGGAGAAUGGGAUCUCAUGGGGAUCCCUGGCAAAAGGAAUGAGAAGUUCUAUGAAUGUUGCAAAGAGCCAUACCCAGAUGUCACCUACACAGUGACCAUGCGCCGUAGGACACUCUACUAUGGCCUCAACCUGCUCAUCCCGUGUGUGCUCAUUUCAGCCCUGGCUUUGCUGGUAUUCUUGCUGCCUGCAGACUCUGGAGAGAAAAUCUCUCUUGGAAUAACUGUCUUACUUUCUCUGACUGUCUUCAUGCUGCUUGUGGCUGAGAUCAUGCCAGCAACAUCCGAUUCUGUGCCCUUGAUAGCACAGUACUUCGCCAGCACCAUGAUCAUCGUGGGCCUGUCUGUGGUGGUGACAGUGAUUGUGCUACGGUAUCACCACCAUGACCCUGAUGGUGGCAAAAUGCCUAAGUGGACCAGGAUCAUUCUUCUGAACUGGUGUGCAUGGUUUCUGCGCAUGAAGAGGCCCGGAGAGGACAAGGUUCGGCCAGCUUGUCAGCACAAGCCUCGACGCUGCAGCCUAGCCAGCGUGGAGCUAAAUGCAGGUGCUGGGCCACCCACUAGCAAUGGCAACCUCCUCUACAUUGGCUUCCGAGGCCUGGAGGGCAUGCACUGUGCCCCAACUCCAGACUCUGGGGUCGUGUGUGGCCGUUUGGCCUGCUCUCCAUCACAUGAUGAGCACCUGAUGCAUGGCACACACCCCUCUGAUGGGGACCCUGACCUGGCCAAGAUCCUGGAGGAGGUCCGCUACAUCGCCAACCGCUUCCGCUGCCAGGAUGAGAGUGAGGUGAUUUGCAGUGAGUGGAAGUUUGCAGCUUGUGUGGUGGACCGCUUGUGCCUCAUGGCCUUUUCGGUCUUUACCAUCAUCUGCACCAUUGGCAUCCUCAUGUCAGCCCCAAACUUUGUGGAGGCUGUGUCCAAAGACUUUGCUUAA